CAAAUGUAAAUUUCCUCGGAUAAUAACAUCAAAGCUCCGACACCUGGAAACCGCAAUCAAAACCCCAGACGCCUCUCACGCAGCCUUCACACUCACUCUCCAAAUUCUCGAAGCAUCGAUAGGUUUUCCGUAUGUACGUGUUCGAAAUUCAGAUAUAGGGUUUCUAUACCUUUCGCCACAGAUUUCACGAAGCGGAUUGAAUCGAAUGGAGAAACCCUUUGCCUUUGUAAACACAGGCAUAUGCCAAUUUGCGUAAAAUCAAAUCAACAUUUUGGCUUUCUGAGCCUCUAAGGGUUUGUGUUUGAGUGCGAUUAGAGGGAAAUUGCUUAGUCCGCCGUUCGGAAAAUGGACUAUAUCUGUCCAGUUAGCGAACUGGAGCAACAGCUUAGAGAAACUGGUGAACAGCUUGCAUUGCACCCUUCUUCCACCAGUGAGCUUCUAGACAUUCUCGAUAAAACCGAGCAACUUUUGACAUUUGUGAGUCAAGCACCAUCUCUCAAAAUGCAAGGUGCACUUGUGCCUUCAAUGGGGGCAUUAAUUUCCAAUGAACUGUUAAAGCAUUCAGAUGUGGAUGUUAAAGUUUCAGUAGCAUCAUGUCUUUGUGAAGUAGCAAGAAUAACUGCACCAGAACCACCUUAUAAGGAUGAAAUUAUGAAGGAUAUCUUCCAGCUCAAUGUGAUGGCUUUUGGGGAACUUUCAAAUGUUACGGGUCGCAAUUAUUAUAAAGCCAUUCACAUUCUUCAAUCUGUUGCUAAAGUGAAAUCAUGCUUGUUGAUGUUGGACCUUGAGUGUGAUGCUUUGAUCCUUGAGAUGUUUGAGCAGUUUUUAAGUAGAAUUAGGACAAAUCACCCACAGCCUGUAUUUUCAGACAUGGAAAGUAUAAUGACUAUGGUCCUUGAAGAAAGUGAUGAAAUUGCUUCACAGCUUCUUUCUCUUCUCAUUUCUCAUGUCAGAAAAGAAAACCAGAAUGUUUCCCCUGCCCCUUGGAAAUUAGCAGAAAAGGUGUUGAGAAACUGUCAUGAUACACUCAAACCCUAUUCUUCAACUUUAGUAGAACUCAUAGAGGCAGAUUCUGAUGAUUAUGCUGAAAUAGUCUCUACCCUUUGUCAAAAUGAACUUAUGGAAAAGAAACCAACAAAGAGUAAUAAUAUUCACAAAAGGGACGCGAAUACCCUCGUGAAUUCUCAAUCCAAGAAGCAAAAACAUAUUGAUUCACAAAAAGUUUCAAAGAAAAUAGAGGAUUAUCAUAAAAAUCAGAUAAAGGGUAAAGAUUUGGAAGCUUCUCAAAAUCUUCAUGAAACCCAUUCAUCAAAAGGGAGACCAAAAAACAAGAAAGUCAACUCAAGUCAAGAUUCUAAACCUAAAUUGGUUCAAGAUUCAAAGGAAGAUUUGAGGAAAACUAGGUUUCAGGAUAAAGCUUCAAAUUCUGCAAAACUGAAAGAAAAAUCUCAAGGCAUGAAAAAAUCGUUGACUUCAAACAAUUCAGUCAUAAAAAAGGAGGAUGAUAUCAUAUACAAGGGUCUUGGAAAUGGGAAACAAUUGGUGGGACAUAGGAUAAAGGUUUGGUGGCCAUUGGACAAAAUGUAUUACGAAGGUGCUGUUUCAUCUUAUAAUCCUGUAGACAAGAAGCACAAGGUGUUAUAUGCUGAUGGUGAUGAAGAAGUGCUGGAUUUGCGUGUUGAAAAGUGGAUUAUACUUGAUAAGUCAUCACCUCAUAAAGAGAAAUCUUCUGAUUUACCAACCCCUGUGACAACUUCAUCCACCAAGCGUCUAAAGCAAAAGGGGAAAAGAAAGCUAGAAUUCUCACCAAUGCAAGAAGACAACACGAAUUCACCAAAAAGCUCCUCAUUGAAAACAAAACCUACAAAAGAAGAUGACAUAACGAAUAGUUCAACCAAUGAAGUUGUUGAGAUAAACGAUACUGAAAAGAUGGACCCAAUUCCCACCACAGAAGUUGAAGAAGAAACCAAAAUAAAGACAGAAAGAUUGGAAGAAUUAUUAUAGAUUAAAGAUUUUUGUUGAAAUGUUUCUAAAUUUUGAUAUGGGUGUUCUUUGUAAAUGGAGUAUCAAAGAUUUGGUUUAGUGGUGUGUACAAAUACCACCUAAAACUCAAUAUUUGAUCUUUACUGAUCAUAUCUAGUGUAGAUUUAAG